UGUACAAUACGCGCAGUCACGGGUGCAGGAGGAGCAGAGUAGGGGUGUGUAGCGUGUUAUGGCGAUGAUACAGUGGUGCGGUGCCAUAGCGAGGCGGGUGAUGACGACGCCGCGGCCGGCGUUACCUUCUGCAUCAGCAUCAUCGACGAUGGUGCUGUGCGGGCGCGGGGACAAGAAGACGAAGAAAGGGAAGAGAUUCAAAGGGUCAUACGGCAACGCGAGGCCCAAGAAGGAGAAGAAGAUAGAGCGAAUCAAGGACAGGGUGGAAGUCCCCAGGUCCACCCCUUGGCCGCUCCCUUUCAAGUUGAUCUGAUUUAAUCUUUCCUCCAUUGAAAUACCUUAGGAACUACCAUGUCAUGAUAACCUCUAGUUCAUUCAGAGUUUGUUUUUUUGAAAAAUGUUUGGUGAUGAUGGUAUGUGACUGGAAGCUGUAAAUUUCCUAUAAAAUCAAUGGAUUUAACGUCAGCUUUUUGUUUAUAUUUGUUCAAGUAAUGUUUUGAUUCAUUUCUUAAAA